AUGUCAUAUAUAUCUAUCGAGAGCAGUUUUCGUUCACCAUCAUUUCUUGUUAGUUGCGUUUAUCUGUCCAUUAUGCCACCAAAACCGUCAGCGAAGGGAGCGAAAAAGGCGGCAAAGUCGCAGAAGGUUCGUUCGGGUGAUAAAAAGCGUCGUUUGCGUCGUAAGGAGUCGUAUUCAGCUUACAUUUAUCGGGUGUUGAAGCAAGUCCACCCGGACACUGGGAUUUCUGGAAAAGCAAUGUCGAUCAUGAAUUCAUUCGUUAACGACGUAUUUGAACGAAUUGCUGCUGAAGCAAGCCGUCUUGCUCAUUACAAUAAGCGUUCAACAAUCUCGUCACGUGAAAUCCAAACGGCUGUACGCUUAAUCCUCCCUGGUGAAUUAGCUAAACACGCGGUUUCUGAAGGGACAAAAGCUGUCACCAAAUAUACAUCAACUAAAUAA